AUGGCCCUCGCGCAAGUUCCCGAAGUCUCCCCCAAUGGCCAUGUCAGCAUAUGGUACCCAGUGCCCCUGAGCAAUGGCUCACUCCUUUCGUUAAAUGCAAUCGAUACCCUUGUAAUGUCGUAUGAUACCCAGUGGCAAGCCGCAAAUGCCAGUAUGUGGUGUCUUACAACCCAGACGCAAAACGCCGACACUGAUCUAUACACCGGUCAAAGUCUUGGAUCUGAUCUUGAAUCCACAGGCAACUAUAUAAUCCACGAUCUCAACAGCCAGAUUGGUGGCACAGAGUUCCCACUGCCAUGUCAUUUCGCAUUUGUUGACCCCAGCAACGAAACAGAUACCUAUGCGGGUGGAUCAUUCAUAAUGGUCAGCACAACCGGCAUUGCAUCGACGUGGUCACUGAAGGAUCACGCGGCUACGCAAGUUAGCGGCUCCUUAACAUCAACUUCGAUUGGCGUGAUUGCGACUUCCCUCUCAACCUCCGCGGGGACAAUGCCAUACACAGCUCAGUCUUCUGCAUCGUCAACAUCAUCAUCUCCUGAGCCUGCAAGUUCUGCGCCAAACUCAUCGUCAAAGCCAUCAUCCAAGAGCCUCAGUUCCGGUGCCAUUGCGGGCAUCGUCUUGGGGGUGGUCUUCGGAAUUGCCGGAAUUGCAGCCUUAGUUUGGUGGAUCAUGCGCAAACGCAGGCAGGCCCGGAAGAGCAACAACGCUGCGGUUUCAAAGCUGGAAUCUCCUUUCGAAAGCUCUGCACCAGAGGUGACAAAUGAAGUUCACGGACGGUAUUGGAGCCAGGCUUCGGAGCUUGGGAGUGACGUUACUAAGGAGCAUGUCGCCGAGUCAGAGACAAAGCCGUCCCAAAAAAUUGGACCGCAUGAGAUGGCGGCGCCUGAGGCUCCGACUGUGGUGCUUGAUACACAAGUCAGGGAAGUUGCAAACAGCGAUAGGUGGGCUUCGGAACAAAGUGAUGACACACCCGGAAGGCAGCAUCGUUAA